AUGAGUGCUCCGCUCGCCAAUACUAUUUCUUUGAAGCAGGGUGCAAAGCAGCGGAGGUCCUUGUUUCCAAAUGAAAAACCGCUCGCUGAUUUACAAAAAAUCGAUUUCAAGAACAUCCCCAUUUUAUAUAUCCAGACAAAAACCACGGUUGUUCAGCCAAUCACCAUUCUCUACAACCACGACGCAAACGAAUCGCUUCCUCAAAUAAAAGACUGGAUCUCUGUCCUCGCCGAGAUUUUCAAAGCAAACAUCAUCGUGUGGGAGUACCCAGGUUACACAAAAGGAUCGACGUAUUCCGACCAAAAAACAGCGUCUCAUAUCGAAUAUGUCUGGAGGUUCAUUACAAAGAAACUGGGACAAUCACCCAAUAGAGUGAUCCUAUACGGCAAAGGCGCUGGUUGUGGACCAACACUAUAUUUGGCGUAUAAAAUACAGAAGCAACUCAAAACCGGAUCUGAUAUUGUUCAAGAAAGAUUGGCGGGUAUCAUCCUCAUCAAUCCCCAAAUACAGAAUAGUUCGUUGUGCUUUUCGUGCGUCACACUACAGCAAGUGAAGAAAAUCACAACUCCGAUAAUUUUCAUCUCGUCAACCGCAUGCAACAACCAAGUCGACUUGGUCAAACUCUCGAGCAGUUUCCAAUUUACACGAGGGGUCCAUUUUUUGAAGUCAGACACUCUCGACUUUGAAGAUGAACGUCUGGACGAGAUGUGUUACCGUUUGAACAAAUUCAUCAUCACGUUAUUCCCCGAAUACAAAGACUUGUUCACUGGUGCCGAGCUUGAGAAGCACAAACCUGUCGAACUCUUCACAGAUCCAAUUGAAACUGUGCGCCACUUCUUAAAGAAAGACAAUUUGGACGAUUUAACUGAACACCUUGUAACGUGUGGAUACAUGUGUUACGACGACUUGAUGUACAUUGAAAAAUAUGACAUUGAUGGCCUUGGUUUAUCCCCAGAAAUUGGCGAUCGUUUGUUUGCCUUAAUUGAGAAGGAGAGGAGUGCUAAAAGUCGUAAGACCCCACCAGUGUGUUUUAUGGUGCCCCACACGCCAUCUCCGGAAAAUGGAGCAAACGGCCGUCCGUUCUCUGCUGAGCUUCCACAGAACGAAGCUUCAAAUGGGUUUGUCGGGUUGGAUAUGAUUUCCAGCGAAAUCGACGCUUUUCAGCCGUGUUGUUCUGUCACUUCAAUCCCGGAAAGAGAGAGAACCAAAAGUGAGUGUAUAAAACCCACGAAAAUUGAGAAAGGUUUUGAGAUUGUUCAUACUAAAAUUGACAUUUCUGACGUCACCGAUCUCAAACCUAUUCACCAAGAAAAAAAUCCAAGUUCUCUCAAGAUUGAGACGUUCGGAACGACAGAAGAUUUAAAACCGGAUAAUACGGAGAACGCGGACAAUGACCACCAAGUCUGUAUAUCUCCAAUCGAAGUUAAAAGCCCACAACAAAAUUCUAAAAAGGCGAUGAGACAUGCCAUCCGAUUUAUGACAAAUCCAAAGGACGUAUCAGUGUCUACAUUAGAGCUCAAAAUUCAGGUUCCCGACGAACAGACUUUAAAAGAGCAAUGCGCUCCACCACCAAAAGAGCUGAAAAGGUCUUUUUCUCAAAACGUCCAAACGAACUUAAAACCUAAGACCAUAGCGCCUCUGACAUUCAGCGUACUUUCGGUUAAGAAGAACAGAAGUGCGUCUGUUUCAGCCAAGGCUGUUGAACCUCAAUAA